ACCAAUAAUAUCCUUUCUCUAAAGUGCAAACGAAAGUAAACAGUGACCAAGAGCAAUUUAAACUUCAGCGUUUUCUAUUGUUAUUUAGACGAUUAUUAACGACAUGGAACUCAAAAUAUGACUAAUUUAACAGCAAAGCAUUACAUACUUACCCCAAUGUAAUAUUUAAUUCGCGUUGGAGAGGCCUUGGUUGAUAUAUGUUAUCUAGGUAAGGCUAGUUACUUUACCUGCUAACAAUGGCUAACGUUACUAACUGUAUGGUUUUUCACACUCAAAUUGCCUCCAUCAUGGAGGUGCUAGCGAAUGCAGCCGUGGCAGAUAUCUGUAAACUCGUAGACGACGACUAUGCAGUGUUUCGUUUGGAAAUAACUCAUAGCCAAAAAGAAAACAGGGCAUUGCGGAGAAAACUACAGCUACUGGAUCUGAAGUUGGAACAGGAGCGCGCAGAGAGGACAACGAGAGAGCGCGUCCUCGCCAGUCGUCCCAGUAGUGUCAAGAUCCUUGACCGAUACAGAGGAAUGGCAAGAGGACAUCUCACUGGAGGCCACAGGAGCUUUGUGAAGCCAGCCGGACACAACGUGUGGAGAAAUGACAAACCCAUAGCUAUAGAUGAGGGGAGUGGAACCUCAAUGCAGAAUGUUAUUGUGAUAGAGUCUGCAGAUGUAGAGGCUGCAGGUCCUGGGGUCAAGCAGGAGAGGUCUGAAGGAGAGGAGGACCCACGGCACAGCAGAGACAUCCAAACUGGAGCAGCCGCCGGAGUAGCGCACCCUGUAGUUCCGAAAGACCUCGCCGCCGGGCCCCAGGCCAGGACCCGACGCAGCAUGACAGAGGAGGAGAGUCCCGAGUUGCUGUUGGUAAAGGAGGAGGGGUGUGAGGAGGGUCUUGGGAACCCUGAGGGGACCAUGAUCAUGGAGGACAACCAGACUACAUCUCCUCCUGAGCUGCACAGUACCACACAUAGUCUCACUGAGUCAGUAGACAUGGAGGAUGGGAAGCCUGAUCUGCUGCUGGUCAAAGAGGAGACAAUAGAAGACGAACCAGAGAGCAUUGACCUGCUGAGUGGAUUAAAGAUGGGGGAGCAAGGUGGUUGGCUGGAGGCUAACAGAGGAGACUGGGCAUCCAUCUUGGAUUCCCAGACCGGUGCAGCCACUGAGCAUGCAAGGACCAGAGGUGACAUAGUGGAGUCCUGUGGAUGGGACAGUGUCCUUAACUCUGGGCUGGGGAACAACGCUGUUAACCACAACCAGAAACAGACUGUCGAACACAAAACAACAACCAAACUUAGUAUCCAUGACAACAGACUGGCUGAGACCAGGGCGAGGCGUAGAUUUGGUCUGCGGGGACGAGGAGGUGUACAUAUGCAGCAGGAGGGAACAGAUACAGACUCGGCUAGCGACGCUCCGUCCUGCUCCUAUAGUUGUGAUUCAGAGAGACUGAUGGCACCUCAGGUUAACCCCCUAACAGAUGCUGCCUUCAGCCUGCCUUCUAUAGGAUCUAUCAACUGGAACAUGGACCCUGCGACAACACAGACACUCCCUGGUCUUCAUCCUCCUCACACUCUCCUAAUGUUAAACCAGACCUCAGACAAUGCCAGUGCCUCAACACUAAAUGGCUACACAAGCCCAUUGGCAAAUAACAGUAGUAGUGACGCUAUCAGUAGAUCCGGUGGCAAAGAGAAGCGCUUUCUGUGUCCAUUCUGUGGGAAAGCCUUCAGUUUCCCAAAACAGGUGGAGAUCCACCAGAGGAUGCACACGGGGGAGAAACCUUUCGGCUGCCACCUGUGCCUGGCCAGUUUCUCCGACUCGUCCAACCUGAAGAGGCACCAGAGAGUUCACACAGGGGAGAAACCCUUCACCUGCCCCCAGUGUGAGAAGAAGUUUUCCCAUCAGCACCAUCUGAAGAAGCACCUGAAGGUUCACAUGGGAGAAAGGCUGUAGGCACUGCGAGAAGAGGUUCUCAGAGAGGAUCUACCUCAGGAUACACCAGAAGAAAAACCAUUCCACUCAAUAACAUCGAAAUAAGCCAUUCCACUCGAUAGCUUCUGACAUUUCAAUCAAACCCUGCAUUAAAGCUAGACUCCGCUAGAUGAUGUACAUGCACAAAGUAAACAACAGUAGUGGGUCAAUUUGCGCAACUACUAAGCGUGAGGCUUAACUUCUCUGCGGUUUUGGUACCACAGCUACCAUGUUGUAGCAACGUGAAGCGAACCCGUGUGCAUGCACAGAUACAGCUGCACAGCUGGAUGAGGUGAACUGAGGAAAGAAUGUGUAUGAUGAGGCAGAGUAGUGAUGUUGAACCUUUUACAGAGUAUUCUAAAAUGUAUUUAUCAACAUAGUGAGAAGUUAUUAUACUUGUCACAGAUUGUUUUUGAAAGUAGGGGAGAGUGGGGUAAGUUGAGCCUUUUCAUACAUUCAGGGAGCUUGCAAUUGGCAUGCUGACUGCAGGAAUGUCCACCAGAGCUGUUGCCAGAGAAUUGAAUGUUCACUUCCUGCCUCUUAUGUUGUUUUUGUGAAAUUGCAACUGCAGACCACGUAUAUAGCAUCCUGUGGGCAAGCGGUUUCUGAUGUCAGUGUUAUGAACAGAGUGCCCCAUGGUGGUGGUGGGGUUAUUGUAUGGGCAGGCAUAAGCUACGGACAACAAACACAAUUGCAUUUUUAUUGUUGCCAAUUUGAAUACACAGAGAUCUGUGACCAACUGUAUUUCAUGUCAUGUAAAAUCCAUUGAUUAGGGCCUAUUGAAUUUAUUUCAAUUGACUGAUUUCCGUAUAUGAACUGUAACUCAGUAAAUUGUGGGAAAUUGUUGCAUAUUGCAUUUUAUAUUUUUGUUCAGUAUAUUUCAGGAUGUUGUGUAUCCCUGGAAAUAAUCUGCAUGUAUUUAAACAUUACAGUUUACAAAACUUAUGGGGUAAGUUGAGCUGCGGGACAGGGUAAGCUACACAUUUUUGUUCUGUACCAUUUUUAUUUACCAAACAACAUUUUGAAAAUCCCCCCCAAAAAAGAAAGAAAUUCAACACAAUUGCUUUUUGGUAUUUUAAUUAUUUAAAAAAUGAACACAAGCUUAACACCUAACAUAGUGUCCUCCAAGCUCAUCACUAAGCUAAGGACCCUGCGACUGAACACCUUCCUCUGCAACUGGAUCCUGGACUUCCUGACGGGCCGCCCCCAGGUGGUGAGGGUAGACGACAACACAUCCACUGCACUGAUAAUUAACACGGAGCCCCCACAAGGGUGCAUCCUCAGCCCCCUCCUGUACUCCCUCUAUACCCACGACUGCGUGGCCUCACACAGUUCCAACUCCAUCAUCAAGUUCGCUGACGACAUGACAGUAGUAGGCCUGAUUACCAACAACGAUGAGAAGGCCUACAGAGAGGAGGUAGGCACUCUGAUGGUGUGGUGCCAGGUAAAUAACCUCUCCCUAAAAAUCAGCAAACCAGGAGGAACCAGGCUGGAUGCCCCCCAUCCUCAUCAACGGGACUGCCAUGGAAAAGGGAAAAAAACAUUUAAGUUCCUCGGCGUACACAUCUCCAAGGAGCUGAAAUGGUCAAACCACACAGACACUGUGGUGAAGAAGGCAAGACUGCGAGUCUUCGACCUCAGGAGGCUUGAUGCCUUUCCCCGAGGGUCCUCACAGUGUUCUACAAGAGCACCAUUGAGAGCACACUGUCGAGCUGCAUCACAGCCUGGUAUGGCAACUCCACCGCCGCUGACCGCAAGGCUCUACAGAAGCCCAUUUGAACACAACAUUGGGUUCACACUGCCUGUCCUUCGGGACACCUAAAACACCACGUGUCGCAGGAAGGCCAAGAAGAUCAUCAGGGACCCUCUGCCACCAGAGCAACUGCCUGUUCUCCCCGCUUCCAUCACUCAGUACUGCAAAAACUGUCAGACUGGCCUAUAGCUUCUACACCCAGACCAUCAGGCUGCUGAAUAAUCACCGCUAGACAGCUACCCGCCCCCCCGGACUUCCUGCCCGCUGCCCCCCCAUGGGCACUCUUCACCCCCCAACUGACAUUUACCCUGCCCCCACCCCCCAAUGGACAUUUAUCAUUGUUGUGGUUGUAAAUAUGUAUAUUGUUAUUUUUUUAUUAUCGUUUCAUUCACUUUUUUUUUACCUGCACUGUUGGAGCUUGGAGCUUAAAAAUGUCUCCGUACCCUGCUGUUACACAAAUUACACCUGUGCAUGUGACUAAUAAACUCAUCUAAUCAA